CACUCUCUCGGCGAGGCGGUGCUUGAGUGCAGCAGUAGUUCAUCAUGCAGGUAAGCUUCCAGCGACGCCAUUCGUUGCGCCCUUUUUCCAGAAACCUGAAAUUUAAAAAUGGGGUCAUUCGGAAUACUUCAUUCAUCACAGGGAAGGGUGGCGAAGUAAUUGUUUUGGAGGUGUUUUGUAAGAUGAGGAGCAUCGAACGGUUGCCUGAGACUACUCGCAGCUCGGUGCGUUCCGGGGUCGUGAUAUGUGAUUUGACGAGGAUUGUUGAAGAGUUAGUUUUUAACAGCCUUGAUGCUGGUGCUACAGAGGUUUCCGUGUCUGUUGGGGUCGGUAGCUCCUACCUCAAAGUGGUGGAUAAUGGAUCUGGAAUUACGCGGGACGGACUGGUGCUGUUAGGAGAACGAUAUGUAACAUCAAAAGUUGAUCACUUGGCUCUAGUGGAUGCUAGUACUGAAAACCUUGACUUUCAUGGAGAAGCUCUGUGCUCAAUUUCUGAUGUUGCUUUGUUGGAGAUUGUGACAAAAGCACGAGGGAAACCAAAUGGAUACAGAAAGAUACUGAAGAAAAGCAAGUGUUUGUUCCUUGGAAUCAAUAAUGAUAGAGAAGAAGUGGGAACUACAGUCAUAACUCAUGACAUAUUUUACAAUCAGCCAGUUCGAAGAAAGCACAUGCAAUCCAGCCCCAAGAAGGUGCUGGAUUCAAUCAAAAUGAGUGUGCUUAGAAUUGCCCUUGUUCAUGUUAAUGUGUCCUUCAGAGUUGUGGAUGUGGAGAGCUUAGAUGAGCUGCUUUGUGUUGGACCUUCAUCUUCCCCGUUACCAAUACUUUCUACAUAUUUUGGCAUUGAGAGUUCAGCUAGUUUCCACAAACUGGUUCUAUCUGAUAGUGAGUUGAAUCUUUCUGGGUAUAUUUCUGAACCUCGUGGAAUCUUCUCUCUGAAGGCCAUCCAGUAUGUCUAUAUCAACUCAAGAUUUGUCUACAAGGGACCCAUUCAUAAGCUAGUGAAUCAGUUGGCUGCUAAAUUUGAUCUGUCGAGUUCCUGGCAGUUUGCCACCAGUUCCCAAAGGGAGAAGCAGAAUAAGUACGACAAGUGUCCAGCCUUUAUUCUGAAUCUACAAUGCCCAACAUCUUAUUAUGAUAUUAUUACUUCUGAGCAAUCGAGGACCUCAGUUGAAUUUAAGGAUUGGGCACCCGUUCUUACUUUCGUAGAGGAUGGUGUGAUGCGUCUUUGGACCAAAAAUACGUCUCAUGAUAUGUUAGGUUAUCAUGAAAGUGGAAAAAGAAGGUGCCGUAAACAGACCACCCUAAUUCCUCUAGAUCUUUGCUCCACGCGCUGGGAUAAGCCAUACGAAAACUACGAUAGCGCAGAGGCUUCAGAAGAGACCGUAUUUGCAUUUGGAAAGUCCUGCAGAGAAGUUCUUGACCUUAAAAAGUUUGAGGCAGAGGCAGAUUUUCUACCUGAAACUGACUACAUAAGUCAAGCGUGUGAUGGAUCUACGGUUGACGAAAAAGGAAUUAGGGGAAAAGAUAUUAUAAACCAUACGUCUCGUUGGUGUGUUUCCUCGCCACUUCUUGUGGCAAAUACAUAUGGUCAAAAGAAGGAUGACCUAUCUUCAGCUUUAGGGAACAUGUUACCUGUAUACAACGAUACUAUAGAUAGCAGUUUAAUAAUGGGUGGGGAUUCUAUUGAUUGUCAUUAUUUUGGUGAUGAUAGACAUAUUGACGAGGAAUACAGCAUAUCAUUUCUUAGAAGUUGCUCCUUUGACAAAAGCUUGAUGCAAGAGAGAAGAUCACCUUCAAGCGACGCCAGAUUCGAAUUUGGACGGGAUGACUGUGGAGCUAAAAGAAGGCGGAUUGAUUGUUGUGAUAUCACGGAAGAUGAAAUCACUCCUGUGAUUUGUGGAGGAGAUUUUGAGUGCAGUGCAGUUCAACCAUUUCAGUGUUCUCCAGUGACUAGACAUGGCAUCCAUGGAAUGUUGGAAUCUCCUGUAAGGGAUUCAGUGAAAUCAUCUUUCCUAGGGAAUAUUCUACCUGACUCUGGGCAAUUUUGGAAAUCCACUUCUAGUUGGAAAGCAUUCAGAUCUGGAUGGUCUCCUCUAACUACAAAGGAAACUGAGAUCAAGUUUUUUGACAGUGAUAAUUAUCCUAUUGAGAAAAGUUUAGUUGAAGGUCACUCUGGAUUAGCUAAAGAUAUUUUUCAUGAACGUCCUAUUCACGGAGAAGUUCAAUAUCUCAAACAUAGUCUUGAAGAUACAAAAUAUAAUUGGCUGCAGCAUGAUUGCUCCUUCACGAACCCUUCCCCUGAUGAGGAAAGUAGUGAAAGUCAGUUGGAUUUUGAGAAUUUGUUCUCUUUAAAGCCAUUACAAAAAUUCACAGAUUCACACUGGUCACCGUCGCCCUUUUAUGGUGAAGAAAGUCUCGAGAAUUAUUCAGGGGCAUCAUCAUAUGACACUUCUCCCAAUGAGCGCGAACAUGGAAGGCACAAUAGUAGGAAUCAGGGGACAAUGCUCAACAGAACAAACUUCGCAAGAAGCCAUUCAGAUCCACCACAUUACAGGGGCCAUUCAGCUCCACCACAUUACAGGCGCAAGAGAAGAUUUCUGGAUUUGACUGACACUUCCUCCUUGUUUGCAAAAAAAUCUUCCGAGAACAUCUUUGCGGGACAUUCCUCCAUGGCGGCUAGCGACUUUAGCAGUGGACAACUUCAUGAUGCAACUAUGAGCUUGAAAUGUUCAGAGAAACCUGAUGGUCAAUACCACCCGUCUCCAAUGGGAAAGAAAUUCAUGGAUUGCACAGCUGCUAAAAGAUCAGUGCUUGAAAUAAAACCAGAAAUCACUGCAGUUCACAAAAGAGGAACAAAAGAAGAGAAAUUUACCAACAUUGAGCCUGUUGAGAGUCCGGGUUCGAAGGAAAUUCAGGAUUCCUUAGACUCCAGGUGGAAAUGGAGAAAUUGUAGUUUAGCCACUGCAGGUAAUAGCAGAUCAGAGGUUAAAAAAAAUCAGGACAGGAUCCUUGACAUCUCCUCUGAUGUCUUGCAACUUGAUGGCGCCUCCUUGGUUCCUAAAUCAGUUGAGAGGGCUUGCCUUGAGAAUGCUAAAGUUCUCAGUCAGGUGGAUAAGAAAUUCAUUGCAAUUGUGGCUGGAAAAACCCUUGCUAUGAUUGAUCAGCAUGCUGCUGAUGAAAGAAUUAAAUUGGAGGAAUUACGAUGUAAGGUGUUAUCUGGUGAAAUGAAAACAAUCAAGUAUCUGGAUUCAGAGCACGAACUGGUCUUGCCUGAAAUUGGUUAUCAGUUACUUCACAAUUAUGCAGAACAAAUUCAGACUUGGGGUUGGAUCUGCAAUAUACAUUCCCAGGACUUAAAUUCCUUUACAAAACAUUUGGAUUCUCUACACAGGCAGCCAACACUUAUCAAACUUCUUGCGGUACCUUGCAUUUUGGGUGUUGUUUUAAAUGAUAUUGAUCUCCUGGAAUUCCUUCAACAGCUUGCUGAUACAGAUGGAUCAUCAACCAUACCUCCAUCUGUUCACCGUGUCCUUAACAGCAAAGCAUGCAGGGGGGCAAUUAUGUUUGGAGACACAUUGCUGCCUUCAGAAUGUUCCCUCAUUGUUGACGAGCUGAAACAAACUUCACUUUGUUUCCAGUGUGCUCAUGGCCGACCAACAACCGUUCCUCUUGUCAAUCUCGAUCUCUUGCAUAACAAACUUGGCAGGCUUGGUUUGGAUGAGUCCUGGCAUGGGUUACGCCAACAUAAACUCAGUUUGAAGCGUACUUCUCAGCGCCUAAGAUCUGCUGUAUCUUAAAGCGCGCAAUAUCCAUCCUUGUACGAGCUUUACAAAAUAUGGUAAAGGCUUAUUCUGUGUGCUGUCAAUGAUCGUGUCAUACACAAGCCUUGUUUUUCACAGUUCCAAUGGCAACAUGAAAAUGGAAAUCGUGAUUAGAUUUAGAAAUACGAUCUUAUGCAUAAAGUCAUCUCAUAGAUACAUUCCAGAUAACCGGAGAAGCUUCUGCGGCCCGUCUCAUCUGUAAGUAUCGAAAUUCAUUCUUGUUGAUUAUGUUUGUCGACGCGACAAGAAACCAUUGUUUGUAUAGUUAAACAAACGUUUGGAUGUUCUUCCAAACGGCCAAAAAAGGAAGGUGUUUCCACAACCAAGUUCAAGCCAAAUUUUGUUCCAA